GCCUCUGACUCUGGGAGUUGAAGUUUCCGAAGGAGACCGCGCACGCGGUAACGCGACUACUCCAGAAAGGCUUUCUGAGAGAUCGCUCACAGCCCCACCCGCUCCUUGGCUCGUUUUUCCAAGGCAUCAAACAAUGUCCUCAGAAAUGUUGUCAGCAUUUACUGACACAUCUAAUGUGGAAAGAAAGCAAGAUGUAAGUGAAAGUCAAGAGGAGAAGCAGAAGCCAUGCUCCAAUGAAGUGACUGAGCCGGUGUCUAAACGGCAAAUGAAGAAGUUAAUGAAACAGAAGCAAUGGGAGGAGCAGCGGGAACUCCGCAAACAAAAGCGGAAAGAAAAACGCAAGAGGAAGAAAUUAGAGCGCCAGGGUCAGCUGGACUCCAACUCAGAUGGAAAUGAGCGAAAACGUGUGCGAAGACAUAUUGCACAGAGCAAUCUCCGCCUUAUCAUUGACUGUAGCUUUGAUAAUUUGAUGGCAUUAAAGGACAUUAAGAAACUUCAUAAGCAGAUUCAACGCUGCUACGCAGAAAACAGGCGAGCACUUCAUCCUGUGCAGUUUUACUUGACCAGCCAUGGUGGCCAGCUGAAAAAGAACAUGGAUGAGAAUGACAGAGGCUGGGUCAACUGGAAGGAUAUCCACAUCAAACCAGAGCACUACAGUGAAUUCAUAAAAAAAGAAGACCUGGUUUAUCUUACAUCAGAUUCACCUAAUGUUCUGAAGGAGUUAGAUGAAUCAAAGGCCUACGUGAUUGGAGGCUUAGUGGAUCACAACCAUCACAAGGGAUUCACAUACAAACAAGCAUCAGAUUAUGGGAUUGACCAUGCACAGCUCCCCCUUGGACAUUUUGUGAAGAUGAACAGUCGGAAGGUUUUGGCAGUCAAUCAUGUAUUUGAAAUUAUUCUGGAAUACCUGGAAACAAGAGACUGGCAAGAAGCCUUUUUUACCAUCUUACCUCAAAGAAAAGGAGCUGUUCCCACAGAUCAAGCCUGUGAACAUUCUUCCCAUGGCAAGCAGUCUCCUGGGGCUGAAGGCAGAGCCAACAGUGAUUCCAAUGAGGGGGUCAAUAGCAGACUUGAGCCCAGCUCUGAGCACAUGGAAGCAAAGCAGGACAAGGAGAAGAGCACGGAGUCUUGAGUGGCCGCGGCGCGCACUAAUAUUCCAUGUUCUCUCCUGACCUAUGGAAAAGCUAGGAAGUAAAAUACUCAGAUUGGAAGAAAGCUUUGUUUUCUCUCAUUUCCUUUGUUAAGUUAAAAAGAAAACAAUUAAAGGUAAACGGCAACAUAAGAAAUUUUUGCUUUUGCAUAACAUUUUGAAGGUGAUUUUUUUAAAUUGAAUUUUAAGCUUUCAGUAAGAGUGUGAGUUUAUUUUAUUAAUAUACCCUCAAAUCUUUCAUUUGCUGGAAUUAAUCUUCAAGAUGUGCCUUCUGACUUUUUGGGUUUUAUUGUUUUAUGUUCAUGUCGGUGUCUUUCUGAUCUGUCACCUACUUAUUGUUGGAGGCAGACAUCUGUGUUGUCAGUCCACUAGCAUGUUGAAUAUGGGAGGUCAUCUACCCUGUAUUUUCAGCUUUGCUAUUCAUUUGAGUUACUUCAAAGGUAUUUAGUAGUUCUAGAAGAAAUAAUAGUUCAUUAGAGUCUGUUGUUUACCUCUUUGGACUAUAGAGCCCAACCCUGUUCCCCUUUGUGAUGGCAUGUUCAUGGAUUUGCAGCAAUCAUGAAAGCAUGGAAAACCUUUUAUCUGUUUUCCUCUUUUUUAUAAUAGUAAUUCAUGGCUCAUAC